UUUUUUUAUCGUAUCGUUAUAAGGAGUGAAAAAAAAAACCCCUCUCCUCCCUCACCAACUCCUCUCUCUCUCUCCUUGAUCCCGAUCGCCUCCAUGGCUACGGUUUCCAAGCUCGCAAGUCCCUCCCCUUCUGCGUCUUUAUCACCUUAUUCUUCCUUCAAGUCAAGAUACUCUGUGCCUGUAUGCUUCGUCGAUUUAAAUACCAAGACUGCUUUUCUCGCCAGAGCUUCGUCGUCUAAGCUGUCCGUCCCAAGUAGCCACCGAUUGACCCGCUCCUUGGUUGUCAGGUGUGCUCAGUCCACUGGAAAUGGUAGUCCGCCAAAGAAAACAACUCUUCAUGAUCUCUAUGAGCGAGAGGGGCAGAGUCCAUGGUAUGAUAACCUUUGUCGGCCUGUCACAGAUCUGAUUCCUCUAAUUGAGAGUGGUGUUAGGGGUGUAACUAGCAAUCCAGCGAUUUUCCAGAAAGCAAUAUCAUCCUCAAAUGCUUACAAUGAUCAAUUCAGGGAACUUGUACAAUCAGGAAAAGACAUUGAAAGUGCCUAUUGGGAGCUUGUGGUGAAAGACAUUCAAGAUGCAUGCAAGCUUUUUGAGCCCAUCUAUGAUCAAACAGAUGGUGGCGAUGGAUAUGUUUCUGUUGAAGUUUCUCCCAGAUUAGCUGACGACACUAAAGGGACAGUUGAGGCUGCAAAAUGGCUUCAUAAGGUGGUUGAUCGCCCCAAUGUGUACAUCAAGAUCCCUGCUACAGCUCCUUGCAUUCCCUCGAUCAAGGAAGUUAUUUCAAAUGGCAUUAAUGUUAAUGUGACUCUUAUAUUCUCUCUUGCCAGAUAUGAAGCGGUCAUUGAUGCCUACCUAGAUGGCCUUGAGGCUUCUGGACUGAGUGACCUCUCCAGAGUUACUAGUGUUGCUUCAUUCUUUGUCAGCAGGGUAGACACACUCAUUGACAAAAUGCUAGAAAAAAUUGGAACUCCAGAAUCCCUUGAUCUUCGAGGGAAGGCUGCCGUCACUCAAGCAGCCCUGGCAUACAGACUAUACCAGAAGAAAUUCUCUGGUCCAAGAUGGGAAGCUCUGGUGAAAAAGGGUGCCAAGAAGCAGAGACUACUGUGGGCUUCAACUAGUGUUAAAAACCCUGCGUACCCUGAUACCUUAUAUGUUGCGCCACUCAUCGGACCUGACACAGUUUCUACCAUGCCUGACCAAGCUCUCCAAGCAUUUAUUGAUCAUGGAAGUGUUGAAAGGACAAUCGACGCAAAUGUAUCUGAAGCUGAAGGAAUUUACAGUGCGCUUGAGAAGUUGGGAAUUGAUUGGAGCUAUGUAGGCAAUCAGCUUGAGGUUGAAGGGGUGGACUCUUUCAAGAAGAGCUUCGACAGUUUGCUGGACACCCUGCAAGAGAAGGCAAACUCUCUGAAACUGGUUAGCUCGUGAUACAGCCCUAGUAUAUCGUUUGUUGUAAUGUCAUCAUGACCUAAUAAAGUGGGUCAUCCGUCCUUCUGCCAAAAGCUAUAGGUGCCAAUCCUUGUUAGACUCGUUAAUUCUGUAUCAUAAGCUUUCUGUUUAUUUGAGAAAUUGAACUUGCAUUGCUUUGAUUUCUGUGUCUUCAUACGUGCGUACGGAAUGCUAAAGAUAUUUUAUGUUGUA